CGGGAUUCGCAAGGCAGGCGGGAGAAGCGGGUGUAGCAAAGGCGGUGAAGCAUCCCCCAUGAGAGAGAGAGAAAGAGGCUGCCGCCGCGAAAGAGCCGACUGCAGCAUAUUUUAGCGGCCACGCUGGCAGAAAACGACAAAAAAAUGUCAUAGUCGCGGUGACAGACGAAAAUACUUGAAAGUGUAAAAAAAAAUCACCGUCUUCUCCCCGCCUCGAUCUCUUCCAUCAACCCUCCUGUCAUCUGCCUUGUCCAUCGACCCUCAAUCGUUGCCUCCCCGACCCGUGUGUGUGCGUGCAUGUGUGUGUGUUCCACCCUCAAUGGUGAAUCAAUAAUUAAGGUGACAGUGCAGUGGUUGCGCGAUCGUGUGCCGGGUCAAGAUGUCGGUGAAGGUGAGUCCUUCGGACACGCAUCCGCAAAUGCGACGCGAGCGUGUGCAAUAAACAUUCCCGCUUUCCUGAUUCCGGCUGACGAAAUGGUUCUGAGUUGAGCCGAAGUCGAAUGUGAAACGUCUUUGUAUGUAUGUUCUGCUCGGAAAGCUCUCUUGUUAUGUAACGUUUAUGAUUACGAAUAACAUGCUUUGACAUAUCGCGAUAUUGUGGGAGAUAGUGUGACGAAUGCGAUGCCCGUAUCAUCUUCUUUGUACGACAUUUAUAAUUACGGUUUACCUCAUUGAUAAGCGUUAAUGACCGUAGGUCAUGGUUUGUUACAAACACACACACAUACGCACACAAACACACAUACACAAAUAUAUAUGUGUAAAUUAAAGCGCAGUAUUUGCGUAAAUAUACUUGGUUGCAUGCGAUUACGAUAUAUCAGUAUUUGACGCGACCUUGUUUUCAACUUUUGAUGCUCUCGCGCCUAAAUAUAUGCUACCUCCGCUUGUGUGUUGCAUUGCAAUGAUGUAUAAAUUUCCCCAAUGAAUUUUAUCAGCAAGAUUUCGAAAUUAGAUUUGUACAAUUUGAAAAUCAAAUUUUUGUAAUCGACAUAAUUUACUAUUAUGUGUAUCCUGAAAAGAAGGAAGAAAAAUCUCUUAUAACAAAAUUUUAUAAGUUUCUUGAUAAGGUCGCGCGCGCUUGUGUCUACAGAUUUAUAUAUUCUAAAACAUUAUCAAUUUUUCUUUCUCUUUAUGCAACGUUCUAAUUUAAUAGAAUAUUGACAUUUUUCUUUUUGUUUCACAUAUGUAUACGAUGCGAAACUUGAUCUGUGCUCCCUUUAGUUCCCGUAUAAUAUUCUACAUUGUGUCUGUACCGUAGCCGGCUGUGAAUUGUUGAUCUUGUUACGGUAUAAUGGUCUGUCGACUGUCGUGUCAAGCCGCAAAAUUUUUUAAUGGCGAUAACAGCGUCACAAGUGUCCGCUUCCUGCUAAAGCGAACACUUCGCCGAAGGCGAAGAUAUAGCGAGGGGCGCGUAUGUAGAUACGCGUGCGCGCGGCGCGUGCGUGUUCGGGGCGCGCGCUUUUUGGCGUGUCGCGCACGCACGCACGCACGCCGAUGCAGCGCGUGCAAGCCAAUUGCAGUUUGCUUGUUGCCACGGCGUCUGUACGUCUCGCGUGUUUCGCGUCUUGCAGCGUGCAAAUUCGCGAAAAUAAAACGGGGUGAAUGCGUAAUUAAAAGUGCUUGCGAAAAUGACGAGAUAUAAACAGGCUGAAUUUGAAGAUGAAGACAGUAGCAGCAUCGGCUCCGUCGCUCUAAACAGCGAAGGCAUUAGUACAUCCGCUACACAUAUAAGAUAUCAUACGGGUACAACGAUGUGGAAGGCGAGAAGUACUUUGGAGAGAUGCCUUCUCGUAAUUUGCGCUGCUUUAUCACUGACGAUCAUAGUAUUCACCAUCGUGAUUAGCAGCAAAAACGGUUGGGAUGAGGCACAGAUUCUACAUGUUACCUCCAACGCAGAAGAUGGCACAUAUUGCCUCACAGAACACUGUGUUACGGUGGCAGCGUCCAUAAUUAAUAGUAUAGAUUAUUCCGUCGACCCUUGUGAAGAUUUCUACGAAUAUGCUUGCGGAGGUUGGAGAAAGAAAAAUCCCAUUCCGGAUGGGAAAAGUGUUUGGGGCACGUUCGGCAAGCUGGAUCAGGAUAAUCAACUGGUCGUCAAAAACGUUCUCGAAAAACCGUUCAGCGAGAUGAAGUCGAAGGCUGAGAAGAAAGCGAAAUAUUAUUAUCUGUCCUGCAUGGACGGGAAUGAGACUAUCGAAACACUCGGAGCUAAGCCGAUGCUGGAACUGUUGGAAAAUAUCGGUGGCUGGAACAUCUCUGGCAAAUUCAACAUAAGCGCGUGGUCUCUACAAAACAGCAUGCAUGUCUUGCAAAACGUUUACAAUAUGGGCGGACUAUUCUCCUGGGCCGUGAACGAGGACGAUCGAAACAGUACUAGACACAUAAUCCAGAUUGAUCAAGGAGGCUUAACGCUACCGACUGCAGACAAUUAUCUCAACGUAACCGAGCAUGGCAAGGUUCUAACUGCCUACUUAGACUACAUGACAAAGAUCGGCGUGCUCUUAGGUGGUGAGGAGAACUCCACGAAGAAACAGAUGCAGGAUAUAAUCGAUUUCGAGACGAAACUUGCGAAAAUCACCAUACCGCCCGAGGAACGCAGGGACGAGGAGAAGCUCUACAAUCUGAUGUCAUUGAACGAAUUGCAACGUAACGCACCCUUCAUGUCGUGGGUGGAUUACUUUCAAAACGCUACGCGUCUCGUGAAUAAGAAGAUCAAUAGUAAAGCGAUGAUCGUAAAUUUUGCACCGGAAUACUUUGUGAAAUUGACGAAACUCGUGAAUGAGUACAAUAGCACGAUCGACGGGAAGAUAAAACUGAAUAACUAUCUGAUUUGGCAAACCGUAAGGUCCUUGACGGCGUGCUUGUCAAAGCCAUUCCGUGAAGCUUACAAGGGUUUGCGGAAAGCUUUGCUCGGCUCGGAAGGCCACGAGGAACAAUGGCGUUACUGCGUUAGCGAUGUUAAUAACGCCAUGGGUUUCGCUAUUGGCGCAAUGUUUGUCAGAGAAGUUUUCCACGGCAAGAGUAAACCUAUGGCGGAAGAAAUGAUCAAUGAAGUUCGCAAGGCGUUCACAAAAAAUUUGAAGAAUCUAAAUUGGAUGGACGCAGAGACGAGAAAGGCCGCAGAAGAGAAGGCGAAUGCUAUUACCGACAUGAUCGGCUUCCCGGAUUUCAUUCUACAACCCAGCGAACUCGACGAACGUUACAGAGAUCUGGCGAUCAAACAAAACGAAUACUUCCAAAAUAAUUUGCGCGUGAAUAAGUACAAUUUGCGUAAGAAUCUCGAGAAGCUCGAUCAGAUGGUGAAUAAGACCACUUGGAUAAUGACGCCGCCGACCGUGAACGCUUAUUAUACGCCUACCAAGAAUCAAAUCGUCUUCCCCGCCGGCAUUCUUCAGGGUCCGUUUUACGAUAUAGAGAACUCGAAUAGUUUGAACUUUGGCGGCAUAGGUGUAGUCAUGGGACACGAAUUAACGCACGCUUUUGAUGAUCAAGGUCGAGAAUACGAUUUACAUGGAAAUUUGCAUCAGUGGUGGAACAACGCUACGAUAGAGCGAUUUAAAAAUAGAACAGAAUGUUUUGUGGAACAGUAUGAUCAGUAUCAAGUACAAGGUCGAAAUGUAAAUGGCCGACAGACUUUAGGAGAGAAUAUCGCCGAUAAUGGGGGCCUUAAGGCAGCGUAUCACGCUUAUCUCUCGAUGCCUAACAACUACAAAGAUCAACUGCCGCUACCCGGUCUCAACCUGACGCAUCGUCAGCUAUUCUUCCUGAAUUUUGCACAGGUUUGGUGCUCCGCUAUAACGUCCGAGGCAAUGACUCUUCAGAUCGAGAAGGAUUCUCACAGUCCGCCGAGGUACAGGGUGAUAGGACCACUUUCAAACCUGAAAGAAUUUGCGAAGGAAUUCAACUGCCCUAAAGAUUCGAAGAUGAACCCGGUUUAUAAGUGCGAAGUGUGGUAACGCCUCGUAUUUUUCAGACUGAUUCAUUAAGAAUUCAAGUUCGGUUGAGCUUGAUUUCUAGCCCCGUGGUGUGGGACUGUCACAGCUUGUACGUGCCGUUGCGUAAUGAGGGGGGAUACAUACACGUCGCAAAACACUUGCUUCGAGCAUUGGACUGUGCAUUUUCCUUUACAUAUCACUGUUUAUCAUAUGUGAAAAUAGCUUAAAUUUUACAAUUUAUUAUUUUUUUUAAUAUGCAUGAUUUAAUGUUGCCACAAUUUUCAAACGUGCAUUGUCGAGUAUUGCCAAAAAACUGUCGACGUCUCCUUUCCGGGUGCACAUUCUUUGCCUAAUUUGAAAAAUAAUAUUUUUAUCAUUUAUUUUAGCAUUGUACUUAAAAACUAAGUAAAUAUUCAGGACGUGAAUGUAGUUCGAGAAACGAUUAUUUUACUGUCUCUUCCUAAAUAUUUGAAUCUUGAAAAAUUAAAAAGAAUUUAUAUAUUUAUAUCCCUCACACAGACGAGUUAAGGCUUAUAUGUGAGCUAGUUAGAUUGCGCGAAAUAUAUUACACACAUUUUUAAAAUAAUAGAAAUUCCAUCAGUUAAUAUUUUUCGUUAGAAAUCUGAAUCAUUCUCUUAAGUAAUACUAUUCGUAAAGCGGAUCGACAUUUUUUCGCAAUCACAAGACAACGCAAAAGGAGAGAUAAUUUUUAUAUCUAAUAUAUUAGAUUUUACAAGAGAAACCCAAACUUCAUUGACAAGAAUUAAUGAUUUAUAUACGCCGACUGUCUCUAAGAGGUACGUGCUCAGAAAUGAUCAGAGUUUUCUGUUUGUCGAAAGAACACACAGACACACACACACACACACACACGCAUACACACUAGAACCAUUUACAUGCAUUAUUCUUAACGUUGAGAUAUGUCGUGCGCGCGAUCAGCACCGCUUCUUUUAGCUAUAAUUUGUCGAGAUUAUCAAAAGUUCUUAAAAUCAAGCAAAAACUGCAAAAAUGUUUUCAAUAUACAGUACAAUAUACUGUCGUUUUUCACUUUUAUAGAUAAAAUCAAUAUUAUAAUCAUCAAUGGAUUUAAACAUAAAACGAUGGCUGAAAGCACUAAAGAAAUAAACGAGUAAUAGAUAAAAUAAUUGGAUCUUUAAAUUAGAAGAUAAGCAUUAUGGAAAAAUUGUAGGAUUAUAACUCGGUAAUUAAUAGUUCUUAAAUUUAUUUUUAAAUUAUUUUUAUACAUUCUAUUUAAUUUUUAUACAUGUAAAUUCAAUCAUCUGGGAUGCCUGAAUGUUUUACCAAUACAAGCAGUAUUCUUUACAAUGCAUUAACUAGUCUACGAUAUAAUUUAUAGUUUACAAACGUUAGAAAAUAAUAUAAGUAUUGUCUACAGGUAAAACAGUAACAAAAAUCUCGCAUGGUUUAAUUUAAUUUUUUUUAUACUACAGAGUUUUAUAAUUAUUGAUUAUAUUAUUGAUUAUAUGAUUUUUUAAUGUUAAUAACAACAUUACAAAAUUUAGACAUUAUUUUGCUCUUGAUGAUCUCGGCAAGCUAUGGCUGAAAGACAGCUGCGUACCAUAACAUUCACAGUCAAAAUCUACUAAUGUGUUUUAUAUAUAUAUAGGUUUAAGAAGUUUAUUUUAUAUAAAAAAUUACUUAUUCUGAUGAAACUAGCACGCGUGGGUGGAAUUCGGUCGUCGAGAUCGCGAUAACGCGACACGCUCGCGAGACGAUACACUAUUGCUGAUGUCAAGAGAAAUAUUUUUAAUUGUGCUUAAUUGUAUAUUUGUCGUGGCAUCCAGCGCAUAUUUGAUAUUCGAGCGAAUUAGAGGUUUUUGACUUUUCUAUCUAGCGGGAAAACUCUGCUAAAAAGAAUCGAUAAGAUUUAUUUUAUGAAAUUAUGAAUACUUAAUUCUUAAAAUUAUUUUUUCUCGGAAAAAGAAAGAUGGGUAUUAUAUUCUGCAAGAAAUAAGCGUUUCUAAUUCGGUGUUUAAAUAUUGUAUGAAGUUUUUUUUAUACAGAGAUAUAGGUGCUAUAUUGACAGUAAAAAUGCAAGAUGUUUGACUCUCAUGCUUAUAUAGAAUUGUCAGAACAUAAUUCUAUGUAUAUUUUCUUCUUGUAUUUCUUUUCGUGAAAGUUAUAUUGUUAUAUUAAUAUAUUGAAUAAUUACAUGCGGGAGAGCUUAUAACAUCUUAUUGAUAAAGGCUAAAAAGAGUUUGUAGAUAAUGCGAUUUCGAGAUUGAGAAGGCUUGUAUAUGUCUAUCAAUAGAUUUUUGUUUUUAAUGCUUAUCAACAUUAAUUUUAGCGUUCUAAUGAGUAAGAAACAUAAACUUUACCGUAAUCGGCCUGCAGCGAUUAAAACACAAAACUACAAAAAUGUUACAAUUGUAAUCUUUUCUUGCUAGACGAGAGCGCGAAGUCAAUAGCGAACAUAUCUUGGAAUGUCAUAGGCAAUAUGGGAAUUAUCGUCAAUUUAGCUAUUUUUUCUGUGGUAUAAAAAACAUGUGAAGAAUUUCGUGUAUCGUACUUUUUAAUACAAAACAGGCUUUAAGAGAUUAACACAUAUUAAUAUAAAUGAAAUUAACAAAAAUAAAAACUUGCGAUACAUACGAUACAUGAUAUGAGCCUUUCAGGAACCAAACUGUGUUCAAUUUUACUGUUCUGUUAAAGAAAUUUCUUAAAGAAAUUUACAAACAGUGGAGUUGAUCAUUGUAAUUUCCGAAAGACUCAUAUAUCAUUGCAAAAAAUAGAUAUGAAAGAAUCAAUAAGUUAUUUUCUGUGAGAUUUAUAUUUAUUUUUUACAGAGAUAUUAUAUUUAAAUUCUUUUAUACGAUAAAAAGAACUUAAAAUAAUAACUUGCUAAAUUACGUGAAACAAAAUAAUUUUAAUUGGCUUAGUUGCUGCAUCACUUUGAUAAUACGCCCGCGAUAAAAAAAUUCUAAUAGAGUUUUGUUCAAGAAUAAUAAUUAUAUAUAAUAAACGAUAAAUUAAAAAAAUAUAUAAAUGCGCACAAGAAAAAAUACAAGCUAUUAAUAAUUCACAAGGCACAGCAUCUUGCGACGUAUGUACCAUAAGUUUUAUUCUUGUUUAACUUCGAUUUUUUUCAGUUAUCACGAAAAUCUUUAAUUGCGCUGUAAACAUAACAAUAUUGCAAUUUGAGUGCAAUUGCAUACUUCAAAAGAAACGCUAAUCAAAAUUUGAUCCUUUUCAAACAUUUAAAAUAGAGAGAAAUACACAUACAUCCAUAUGUAGUCUUUUAUAGAAGAAAGAAAGCAAAAAUAUUAUAGAUAACGAGAAACAUCAUUGUACAUUGCGUAAGACACACUUAUUACUGACGCACGUAAUAAAUUUAUUUACGAUUUCAAGUUUGUAAUGAGACGUUUGUUUGAAGGAACGAAGAAACUACCGAUAAUUAGAUAAGUACGCUUAACUUUUUUUUUUAGAUUACACUACUGAACACCGAAGAAAUAUAUUAUUCUCGCGAGUGUUGUAACAAUAACUCUAAAAAAACUCACUGAUGCUGACAUAAUUUGAUAAAAUGAUUAAGUACGCAUUAUAAAGUCACAAUUAUUACUGUAUAAUUUCUUCAUUUUUUUGUACAUUGUUGUACAAAAAAUUUUUGUUCGGACAAAUAAAUAAAGAAUUUAGUUGUUGGGCUUUCAAAAAUAUCUCUUUUAGGAUAAAAAAUAAUCAAAUAUUAAUGUGCAUUUUUAUGCUCGAGAGAAUACGAUAUCUCACAAGAUGAGGAAAUUAUACGAUCCAUUGGGGAUAUAUCUAAGAUUAAAUUUAGGAUCCCUGUGUUAGGGUUAAAAACUCGUCAGGUUUGAAAAAACGACAAGAUAUGUAUAAUGCGGAAAUGGGAAAAUUUUAGAAAAUAUUAUGAGAUAUUCUAUCCGCGCAUUUUAUUCCUUGCCGGAAUCGCUCCAUUUCUCUCUCAUUUCCGCAUCCCCUUUAAAAAGUCAAAGUGGCGAAAUACCACGUAAGAAGAAGCCAAAUUUUCUCUAAUUACAGCGUAAGAUCCAUAUAGGCCUUAAAUAUUUGACGCCGAUGCAUCAUGCAUUUGUAAAUGUUCGUUGUUUAUAAUAAUUGUGAAUAACGAUUGUAACAAUGAGAGGAGUAUGUAUCGUCUUCGCGAUUACAUUGUUGCGCAUUGUGUUCGAAGAUAUUAUUUGUGUAUGGUUUUGUGUAACACAGAAAGCGCAUUGUUCAAUGACGAUGCUCGCGCCAUGAUUAUUUUUCUGUAUUGUACAUUAUGUACUAUAUAUAUAUGCUUACAUUAUUAAAUCAAAAUUGAAGAAAUAGAAAAAUUUAUCGCGCUUACCGUUAGAAU